AAAUCACAAAAAUACAGUCAGACCAAUUUUCAUUUCUCAUCCUCAUUCCCCCAAAAAUACCUCAAAACAGAAAGAACAAAAAAAACACCAUGGAAGCAUCAUUGACUGAAAUGAUGUCCAGGCUUGCUGGACUGAUGUUCUUUUGGGGCACAAUUCAGCAACUUUUCCCUUAUGCUCUCCGCAAACGCAUCGAAUCCUUGUGGCACAGAGUGGAAAAUUAUUGCUACCCUUAUGUCCAAAUUACAAUUGAGGAAUUCUCCAAUGGUAAAAGCAAUGAAAUAUACAGCCAGGUUAACACUUAUUUGGGUACUAAGUCAAUCAACAAGGAUGCUAAGUUUCUCAAAGCUGAAAAGUCCAAGAACAGCAAAUCUUUUGCUGUUAGCUUGGAUGAAGGAGAAGAAAUUACUGAUGAAUUUCAAGGUGCUAAACUCUGGUGGCGCUCUUACAAGGAAAAAAUUUCCGAUGGUUCUACAGGGCGUCGGUCUAAUAAUUCUGUUCCAAUGGAAAAGAAAAGUUACACAAUUACUUUCAAUCAACGACACAGAGAAAUUGUUACUGGAAAAUACUUAAAGCAUGUGAUGGAAGAAGGCAAGGCAAUUCAGUUUCAGAAUAGGAAACAGAAGAUCUACUCCAACAAUUGUAGUGAAGAUUGGUAUUGGUAUGGUAAAGGUAUGUGGAGGGACAUUAAUUUCGAGCACCCUGCAACCUUCGAUACUCUGGCUAUGGACCCGAUGAAGAAAGAGGAAAUAAUCAAAGAUCUCGUUGCUUUUAGCAAGGGGAAGGACUAUUACUCCAAGGUUGGUAAGGCGUGGAAGCGCGGGUAUCUUCUUUAUGGUCCACCAGGAACUGGAAAAUCAACUAUGAUUGCAGCUAUUGCGAAUUUCUUGAACUAUGAUAUUUAUGAUCUUGAGCUCACCUCGGUUAAGGAUAACUCGGGGCUUAAGAAGUUGCUCAUGGAAACAACAAGCAAGUCCAUCAUUGUCAUUGAAGACAUUGAUUGCACUAUUGAUCUCACAGGCAAGAGAAAGAAGAAAAAGAAAAAGGAAAAGGAAACAACGGCUGAAGAUCAGGAAGAAGACUCGGACUCGUCUGCAGAGAAAGAAAGUACUGAAAACAAGGAAUCAGGCAAACUUACACUUUCGGGGUUGUUGAAUUUCAUUGACGGAAUAUGGUCAGCUUGUGGUCAGGAGAGGAUUAUUAUAUUUACCACCAAUCACAAGGACAAACUGGAUCCAGCUCUAAUACGUAGAGGAAGAAUGGAUAUGCACAUUGAGAUGUCUUAUUGCAAAUAUGAAGCAUUCAAAGUGUUGGCUAAGAAUUACUUGGAUAUUGAAACUCACACUUUGUUUCAACAGAUUCAAGGUUUAAUUGAGGAAGUAAACAUGAGUCCUUGUGAUGUGGCAGAGCACUUGAUGCUCAAGAAUGCUUCAAGAGGGCCUGAAAGUUGCUUGGAGAAGUUAAUUCAAGCUUUGAAAGAGGCCAAAGAAAAGGCCAAUAAAGACAAAAAAGAAGCCAAGGAAAAAGCCAAGCAGAAUUCCAAGAAAAUUAAGAAGUUCUCGACAAAAUUAGUUAGAAGUUUUGGCAGCGUACAGAAUUUGUUCAAAUGAUGUUUUCAUAUAUUUUUAACUUCAACUACUCGAUCUUUCCUUCUCUUUUUGGUGGCUAGGGAAUUGGGGCUUCUCCAUGUAUAGUCUUGUAUUGGUGUUUUACCAGAAGUAAGAUGCUGUUUGCUCUUUGUGGCAUUGGCAAUUGCAAUGGAGUACUUAGGAUGUCAAACAUGUCAAAAUUAAUAGGUAUUAGUGUACUAUCUACUUUUCAAUCCUUAAUUGAAAUCUGUAGGCAUCAUACUCAAUUUGACUUUGUAAUAAAUUCAUCAUAGUUAGGCAUUUCACGAGGUUAUGCAGUCCGAUACUUUCGAGCUAA